UUUAAAUGACAAUGAAUCUUGUGCAGAAUUAUUAGUAGAUUCGCUUGGAGACAAAAUAGUUAACUUACAAGAUAAUAAAGGAAGGACAGCUUUACAUGCUAGCGCCCUCAAUGAUCAAGUGGAGUGUCUACAAUUUCUUUUACAACAUGGCGGUCAAAUUAAUGUGAUGGAUCACUAUGGAAAGACAUGUGUGAUGAUGGCAGCAGAAACAGGCUCAGCUGGGGCCGUGGAGCUGAUUGUAAAUGAAACUAACGUGGAUUUAACACUCCAAGACAAUGAUAAAUGUACUGCACUCCAUCAUGCUUGUAUGCAGGUAAGCAAUCAAUCCAUCAAUCAGUCAAUUAUUUAUCAGUUGAUAAUGUUUAAUAUCAAUUAUAUGUCACUUAUUAAACAAAAAAUAUCAAACCAACAUCAAGCAACAUUUUCAUUUCAUUCAUUUUAUUUAGAUCACAAAUGGCCAUAAAAUUAACACUGAAUU